GGCGGGGCCUGAGCUGUGACUCAAUGUUGCUGGACACCGACUGUGUUGCCAAGGUCGCCGCAAAGGACUCCACACACACUUUCUUCAUUGAUAACCUGCUACCGUUACUCCCCAAAGUCACAGACUGAAGGACAAGGUGAAUGAUAUUGGGAGCAACCUGAGGUCCUGCACCAGAGAAGGUUUGCUGGAAUGGGUAACCUGCUUAAAGUCCUUACAAGGGAAAUAGAGAACUAUCCACACUUUUUCCUGGACUUUGAAAAAGCCAAAUGGGGAAUCUGUUAAAAGUGCUCACUUGCACCGAGCUUGAGCAGGGUCCAAACUUUUUCCUUGACUUUGAAAAUGCGCAGCCCUCAGAGGGAGAGUGUGAUAUCUGGAACCAGGUGAACACCGUCCUCCAGGACUCUGAAAGCAUCCUUUUGGGUCUACAAGCGUACAAAGGAGCCGGACAGGAGAUCAGAGACGCAAUUCAAAACCCCAGUGACUUCAUGCUUCAGGAGCGAGCCUGGAACUCAGUGUGCCCGCUUGUCAUCAAACUCAAGAAGUUUUACUGUUUUUCUCUGAGACUAGAGGAGGCUCUACAGAGUUUGUUGGAGUCCCUGACAUGUCCACCCUACACGCCCACUCAGCAUCUAGAAAAGGAACAGGCGUUGGCCAAACAGUUUGCAGAAAUCCUUCACUUCACUCUUCGCUUCGAUGAGCUAAAGAUGAGGAUUCCUGCCAUUCAGAAUGACUUCAGUUACUACAGAAGAACCAUCAGUCGAAAUCGGAUAAACAACAUGAAUCUGGAUAUCGAAAAUGAAGUUAAUAACGAGAUGGCCAAUAGGAUGUCCUUGUUUUACGCCGAGGCCACGCCAAUGCUAAAAACUCUCAGCAACGCAACUACAAGCUUUGUGACUGAGAACAAGACUCUUCCACUGGAGAACACGACAGACUGUCUGAGCACCAUGGCCAGCGUCUGUAAAGUCAUGUUGGAGACACCGGAGUAUUCAAGUCGUUUCAGCAGUGAGGAUACUCUCCUAUUCUGCAUGAGGGUCAUGGUUGGCGUCAUCAUUCUCUAUGACCAUGUUCACCCCAACGGUGCCUUCAACAAGUCCUCCAAGAUUGACAUGAAGGGCUGCAUAAAAGUGUUGAAAGACCAGCCUGCAGACAAUGUAGAAGGCCUGUUGAAUGCUCUCAAAUUCACCACUAAACACCUGAACGAUGAGUCCACUCCAAAAAACAUUCGGACGAUGCUCCAGUAAUUUUUUUUCCAAUAUUUGUAUAAAAAAAAAUAUGAAGAGGAUCUAUGCUCUGACUCAAAAGGAUGUAUAUGUUUACAUUAUUUAAAAGACCUUUUAACACUUUGCAUAGUCAUUUUGUCAUUUUUGUUAAAGGUGCAUGCUACUCUACAAUGAUGCGAUUUCAUGCUUUUACUAUUACUAGCUGAGAUGAUCGCUCAUUUCUGUCAGCCAAAUCUUUUUUGCCGUGAAAAAAUUAUUCGCCCACUUCCUGAUUUUUUCCUAUCACACACAAAGGUUUCAAAUCCUCAAACCCAUUUUAAUAUCACUCAGAGACAGAUCUUGUAGCCUAUUUCAUAUGCCGUUAGAAAUUCUAUUUGAUUUCCUGAUUCAACGAGUAUGGUGGUAAUUAGGUUUGUGUGUGGCUUGUGAUAGUGAACUUAUCUUUCCCGAAUUUGUGGUUAGUCACAGUGACUUUGUGAUUUUUCAAGACCGGGUGCAAUUAUUAGUUUGACAGCGGGUCUGAAAGGUUUGGAUUUUUUUUUUGUGUGUGUGUGCCUUAAAACAUUGAAUUGUCAUUUGAAAACUGCAUUAAUAUUUCCUCGAUUUGUCUCAUUGAUAUUAAAAUUAGCUUGAUGAUAUGAAACCUUUGUGUGUGGUAGAUAUGCAAAAAAAGUAAAAUCAGGAGGGUGCAAAUACAUUUUCACAGCACUAUAUGUAUAUUGACAUUAUUCAAUCAAUUUGCAUACCGAAUCAGAUUCAUCAAGAAAAUAUUUAGCUUUGAAGAGCUAAAAAGUGGAGACAGGUCAGGGACUUACUGCUUAGAUGCAUCGUCACAAGGAUUUGUACUUUUUUGCCCCAUCCUGAUGUAUAUCCACUGUGAAUAUACAGCUGCACAUUGAGUGUGCUUGAGCAAAAAGAUUGGACAUACUGUAUUUUUGUUUGGUGUCAUCUCUCUGAACUAAUUUGUUUAAUCUCUUUGUGUACAAAGUAAAGAUGAAAAAGCCUUUAAAUUUUGUAUCAUAUAUUUUUAACAAAACACCUUUUUUAAUUUAAAAAAAAUCAAUAUUUUCUUUGUGUUUUUUUUUUUUAUUUCAUCCGUGUUAAUAUAUUGCUCAAUUGCCGGUUUUGAUGGAUUUUUUUGGGGAGUGUGUGAGGGGGGUGAAUUAUUUGUAAAUUAUGACCGAGAUUUUUUAUUUUUUUUAUAUACGAAUCUUUGAUUCCCCUCCCCUCCACAUACUUUCAUGUUCCCUUAAAACAAACAUUUUGAGCUACUGUACUCAUUGUAAUUGUUUUAGUGGAUCUACUGUGUCAAAUGUCAUGCUGAUGUCAACUGUCUAUGAUCAGUGGUGUGGUUACACCAGCACAGUGGCUGAAUUGGUGUGGUUAUCAAUAAUACUUUUAUUGCUAAUCCAUCUGAUUCUGCUACAUUGCACCAGGGAGCUCCUCAAACUAGACUCGACAAUCACAUCAUUAGUGACUGUGCGACUUAUUGUUCAGUUUCAUAGGUGGAUUACAUGACUGUAAAUUGUCACCCAAUCAAUUUGUCUCCACAUGUUGUUGUACUGGAGGCACGAUGAUGAAACUGGUUACAGCAUUGGCCUCACAGUUCUAAGGACACGGGUUCAAUCCCAGCCCCGCCUGUGUGGAGUUUGCAUGUUCCCCUCAUGCCUGUGUGGCUUUUCACCUUGCACUCCAGUUUCCUCCCACAUCCCAAAAACAUGCAACAUUAAUUGGACACUCUAAAUUGCCCCAAGGUGUGAUUGUGAGUGCGACUGUUGUCUGCCUCACUGUGCUCUGCAAUUGGCUGGCAACCAGAUCAGGGUGUACCCCCCUUCCUGCCUGUUUAUAGCAGGGUUGGCUCCAGCACUCCCGCGACCCUCGUGAGGAUAAGCAGAUUGGAAAAUGAAUGAAUGAAUGUUGCUGUACUUUGCUAUCAUUAAGUCUGAAAGAAUGGCCAUCUAAGAGCAAUUACUAUGAACCAACCAUGAAUAGGAAUUACUUUUGAGUGACGCAUACAUAUAGUUGAACUAUUUAUGAUUCAAUUACGAUUCAAUAAUCACCCAUUUCAAAUGUGUGUUGUUGUUUUUGGUCACUGUCUUGUUAUUUUAUAUGUAUGUGCCCACAUGAGCCAUACUUUGGAUUUGAUCUCAUGUAUUCAACUAUGUAAUAAGAUGUCCAGGACGUUUGCUGUCAUGAUCACAGGACAAGCUCUUCUGCGGGGCCCUCGAUGUGCUACUUACUGUAUUGAAUGCAGCACUGGGUCUCAAUAUUUUUCAUUUCAUUUAAUCAUUUAUGGACUUGCUUUUUAUAUAAAUUGCUUUGGCUUUGUAAUGUAUUGCUGAAAGGGUUGUAUGAAUUGGAUAAUAAAGGUGGUACAUUUCUUACUCCAUGUUACUUUCUCAUGAUUGA